AUUUUUGUUAAAAGCUAAUAUAUUUUACAAUGAAUUAUCAUUCAUUUAUAAUAUUUCUAAUUUUUGCAAAUUAUGGAUCAUUUUUUAGAAGUUUAUCAAAUGAUGAUUUUAAGUGUCCAUUCUGUAUUGAUAAGUUGUCUAGUUCUUAUCAUUUGAUUUCACAUAUCAACGAUAAACACACAGAAAAUGAAAUUACCAUAUGUCCUGAAUGUUAUCAAGAAUUUCAAUAUGGCAGUGUACUCGAAGUGCAUAUGUAUAUAAAUCAUGUAGAAAAGAAAAAAUUGCAAUCGGUGAUUGAACAGGAAGAGUCUGAUCUUUUACAUGCAAUACAACUACACUUAUAUUUAAAUGAAGAAAAUGAGAGAAACUAUGAAGACUCAAUUUUUAAUAAUGACCGAUAUCUGGAUUCACCUACAAUAGAAAAUAUAGUUCGAUACAUCCGUCCCUUAAGUGAGAAUUCUCCUGGAGUACUGAAUGUCUAUUUAUCCUCUCCAAUAGAUUACUACAAAUCUGCUAGAGAAGAUAUAGCAUAUGGCUGUGUUUAUAGAUCUUUGCAGAUGAUGUUAUCUAGUGUUAUGCUGAAUGCGGAUUAUAACAAUCAUAUUAUUAAGGUUUGGGAAAAUUUGUAUAAUAUAUCAAUUUCGCGUUCUAGGAUGCCAAAGGUUUCAUUUCUAGAGAUGCAUUUAGAAGAAAGUUGGAACAAGGGUAUUAAUCCAUGGGGUAAAAAAAUAAUGUACGAGAGGAGUCAAUAUCCCACCAAAAACGGUUCUCAUAUGCUUGAUGUUGAUGCAAUGCUUACGGGAAUGCGAAUUAGAGCGGAGUAUAUACAUUUUGAAGGAGGGUUUUUUCGAAAUACAUGGCAAAAAGUGUUAAAGUGGUUAUAUAAUUAUUUUCAAAAUAAAUAUAACUUAGACUAUAUAUCGCCAGUAAUGCUACACUAUCCACAACACUCAGUGGUAAUAGUUGGUGUAGAAAAUCGACCAGGUAAUCAAAAAGUACCAUUAGUGGUAUGUCCAAAUCAUGAUUACACACAUAUAACAACUCAAUAUAGAAAUAAUGCUCUUUAUAUGAUUCAAAAUUAUUCUUAUAUACGCCAUGGAGUUUGGUAUCGUCUUUGUAUAAUCACCGGAAUCAUAAUAACUGAUGCAGAAUAUGAAAGAUUGAAAAGAUCGGAUUUUGAACAUUCAGAUCGAUAUACAAGACUUUGAAUUAAAAUUACAGACUAUGAGGCAUCACAGCAUUUCUUUAGUUAUUAUCUAUUAUUAAAUGUGUUAAAUAAAUGCAUUUAUCUUUUGUAUUUGUUACAAUAUCCACGCAUAUUAGUUUUAAAUAAUUCUUAAAAUAUUUAAAUGUAAAUUAUAAGAAAAGUACAAUGUCACA